GCUAUGCUUGUAAACUUUCACAUGAAUGAAAACUUAAGUCACUGAUAAAUAAAAAUUAUUUGAUCAAAAAGAUUUUUCUAUUCGUUAAUUCAAAGAAGUCAUGAAGCUUACCGACGAUGAUCUCCGUUUGCUAGAAUUUCCUACUCACAAAAAAUAUCUUCAAAGUCUUGUUACCACCCAAGAUCUCAGAUAUCUCGGUCACAAGCAUAACGGACUUCGGCUGUACCAAACAGGCUAUAGAUCCUUAACCGAAUCAGCUUUCCAGAGCCGAAGAAAUGAAAUCAAUGACUUUCUGUAUGCAACACAGGAUCCCAAUGUAUAUUUUAGCAGAAAUCUGAUAACCACGGAUCCACUAUUGAGUGAACUUGCCACCAGGGAAAGGCCGAAUCGUCUCGGUUUAUUAUCGACAAUAAUUUACAUUCGUUACUUUCGGAAGAAUGCUGAAAUAUCUGGGUACAUCGACUACGAACAAGCACUUUUACGGGUCAACAAAGACAAGGAGAGUUCCCUGAAUUGGAAAGCGAUCUUCCAAGGGAAGCAAGUUCUCUAUCCUACCAAGCACGAUCUCUCCUACUACAAUUCUCGAACGGACAGAGUUUUCAAGCGAAACUCGAAAAAUUAUAUCGUGCUUUGUGAUCCUGUACGAGGCAUCAUAUUUCGGAAUACGUACGACCGUAAGGACAUCUAUCCGGAUCCCAUUGGAGGUUUCUUCGGCACAAAUACGACCCGCAUGGAAAUUGACAGUGAUGUUCACGAGCAAGUGGUGCUGUACGAUCAUGUGGUGAGGAAAAACUACUGAGAAGGGCGCUUGUUUUUCAAUAGCCUCGUUGCAUGCAUUGCACGUGUAUUGGAUAGAAUUAUACUCAUAAUCAUCGGUGAACAAAACAUUCACUAUUCAGAA